AUGGCCAUCACCUCGGUCUCUUCCCCUUCUUCUGCCUCUUCUUCGUCGUCCUCAUCCCCUACCUUCACCUCCUCGUCUCCGGCUACUUCUCGCUCCUCGCCCGUCUCCAUGAGCACCGCUACCCUGAACAUGGUCUCCAAUGGCCACUUCUCGGCCCACCAGGACUAUCCGUCCUCCUCCCCGGCUGUCAAGGGUAUCAACAUCAAUACCAACAACAGCAACAAUAACAGCAACAACAUCCACGAUAACGGUGCAGCCAUCAACAACAGUCAGACCAAGGCUAGCUACUCCAACGGAUUUUCGUCCAGCUUUUCUGCCUUUGGCUUUCCAGACAGCCUCAGUUCGAGCAUCCCAAAGUCGAGUCACAACAACAACAGCGUCCAUAUCGGCAGUCUGACAAACGGUCUCGGUGGCCUGAGCUUAUCCAACUAUGCUCCGACCACCUCCUCCUCCCUCAGCUCCGGUCUUUACAGCUACAACAACAACAGCUCCACUGCCACCAUCAACAACACUAGCAACCUCCUCAGCGUCACCAACAGCAACACACCUCCCGCUGGGGCCAAUGGUACCACUCUUACCGCUACCGCAAACGGAGUCGUCCAGGAGGAGAUCUCGACCAUCUUUGUCGUGGGCUUCCCCGACGACAUGCACGAGCGAGAGUUCCAAAACAUGUUUGUUUUCACCCCUGGCUUCGAGGCUGCCACCCUCAAGAUCCCCAACAAGGAACCUCAGGAAGACGAUGCUCUAACCCUGGAUGUCAAUGGAGUUAACCCUCGCAAGCAGAUUAUUGGGUUUGCAAAGUUUCGCUCUCACCAGGAAGCUUUGCAAGCCAUCCAGGUCCUCAGUGGCCGUAGAGUCGAUGCCGAGAAGGGGUCAUUGCUCAAGGCCGAGAUGGCCAAGAAGAACCUCCACACCCGCCGAGGUCUCUCCAACGAAUUGACCGUCGCUCCAGGUCCCAACCCAGCCGCCGCUAUGCCUCCAACCCCGAUUGGCAUCACCAGCAACCUCAACGGGAUCAAUAACAACAACAGCAAAUUGCCUCACCCUCUUCAGCACCGCAACAGCCUCGCUGGGUCUGCAGCGUACGAUGCCUUCCACUCUGUGCCUCCCAGCCCAGCCCUGCCAAGCGAUCUCCUCUCGCCCCACGACUACUCCAGCAGCUACGACUUUUACGCGGACGUCUACGCACCCAAUAACACUGCGAUCAGCUUUGCCGAGUCUUUUGGAGGUCGUCACCAGCCCAACCUCCAGCAGCAACAGCAACAGUCGGAUCUGUCGUCGUCCUUCCUGGGUCGCCAGAACACGUUUGAGAUGAGAGUGGACCCAUUGUCGAUGGGCAGCUUGAGCAACGCUCCUGGAGGUCUUGCCGGAUCUAUCGCAGGAUCGUUCCCUAACUCGAUCUCUAACUCCUUUAGCAACAACCGCCUUGCCGGACUGUCCACCUCGCAGCGCUUCAACAAAAGUUUCUUGGACAUGGAUGCAGAGGCGCCUAUUUCGACUUCGGGAUUCCUGUCAAAGUCGAUCCCGGCUCAUACUGAGCGUGGCUUCAAUGGCACGCUUUUCCACAACGACGAUAUGGCCAACGGUCGCUUCCAAGGAUUGCCGAUCAACACUGUCGCCUCUUCAGCCCUGGUUUCUCCUGGCAUGGCUUCGCCCGGUCUUGCUUCGCCCGCCUUCCGCGCACCUGUCAACCCUGGUGACCAGAAUCCACCCUGCAACACGCUCUAUGUUGGCAACCUCCCGAUGAACACGUCCGAGGACGAGCUCCGAACAUUGUUCUCACGCUGCGUUGGAUACCGUCGCAUGUGCUUCCGCACAAAGUCGAACGGACCGAUGUGUUUCGUUGAGUUUGAGAAUGUGGAGUGCGCGACCCAGGCCCUGAACGAUUUGUACGGCAACCCGCUGAGCAACUCUGUCAAGGGAGGCAUCCGCCUCAGCUUCUCCAAGAACCCAUUGGGAGUGCGCAACUCGAGUGUGAACCAGCCCAGCGGACUUGGUCAUCUCCACAACAUGAAUGGCACUCCGUUUUUGGAUCGCCGUGAUAGCAUGAGCGCCAUGUUUGACCAGCACUAUUAA